CUACAAUUGUUGUCAAUGGUAUUCAUUUUGGGAUGUAUUUUCUCUAAUCUUCUGUCUGUCUCUCUCUCUCUCUUCAUGUCGACUGCUACUUCAUCCACCGCAUUAUCCUCCUCUACCGAGACUUGCACCUCCUCCACCGCCACUGUUGCCCAAACCAUGAGGAAGAGCCGAAUUCUAUCGAGCAAACUUUAUCUGGACGUUCCUCCUUCUAAGGUUCCUGUAAUUUAUUCAUCUUCCUAUGAUAUCUCCUUUCUUGGAAUCGAGAAGCUACAUCCAUUUGAUUCUUCUAAAUGGGGUCGCAUCUGUUGCUUCUUAAUCACUGAUGGUGUUCUGGAAAAAAAAUGUAUAGUUGAACCUCAGGAAGCUACACAGGAUGAUCUACUAGUGGUGCAUUCAGAGUCGUACUUGAACAGUCUGAAGAACAGUUUGAAACUUUCCAUUAUACUUGAGAUCCCUCCUGUAGCAGUUCUCCCUAACUGUCUUUUGCAGAAGAAAGUACUUUAUCCAUUUCGUAAACAGGUGGGAGGAACCAUUUUGGCAGCAAAGCUCGCUAAGGAGCGAGGUUGGGCUAUUAACGUUGGUGGUGGGUUUCAUCACUGUUCUGCUGAGAUAGGAGGGGGGUUUUGUGUUUAUGCUGACAUCUCACUGUGUAUACACUAUGCAUUUACCCUUCUAAAUAUUUCAAGAGUGAUGAUAAUUGAUCUUGAUGCACAUCAAGGCAAUGGGCAUGAAAUGGAUUUUGCUCACGAGUCACCUUCGAUGAGCAAUUCUGGUGCAGCAGAAAAAGUCUACAUCCUGGAUAUGUUCAAUCCACAAAUAUAUCCAUUUGAUUAUGAGGCCAGAAGAUACAUUAGUCAGGAAGUUACAGUGAAGAGUGGGACUGCAACAAAUGAGUACUUGAGAAAGUUAGAUGAAGCACUUCAGGUUGCUGGAGAAAGAUAUAACCCCCAAUUGGUGGUAUAUAAUGCAGGCACAGAUAUUCUUGAUGGGGAUCCAUUGGGUCAAUUAAAGAUUAGUCCAGAAGGCAUUAUAAGAAGGGAUGAGAAAGUUUUCAGAUUUGCUCAAGAGAAAAAAGUUCCCAUCGUCAUGCUUACAUCAGGAGGGUAUAUGAAAUCCAGUGCAAGGGUAAUAGCUGACUCAAUUUCAAACCUUGCAAAUAAACGAUUGAUUGACAUGCAUGGGAGGACCAUAUAGUGGAGUUUUCUUUCAACCAGAGUAUGUAUAUUAGGCUCCUUUGUUGUAUCAUAUAGCAUACCUGCACACAUUUCAAAGCCAAAACGUUUAUGAGAUUGAAUUGUUUCUGCACUUGCGUAGAAACAAGAAGAGAAAAUUAACCUGAGAAAGUGUUUGAUUUAGUUUGUUUGGACUUCUAAGAGAUGCAAAUGAACAAUAUGUAAUGCUGACAUUCGUGCAUAUGUAAUUUUUAAUUGGUCAAAAUACCAAAUUGGGGCUUGAACAUA